AUGGCGGAGGAUUUGGUUUUGUUUCAUCAAACUGAUCUUCCAUUUCAGGCCUUCCCGCAGAUGGAAAACAUUCGAAGGCAGGGAAAGCUAUGCGAUGUGACAUUAAAGGUUGGAGAGCAGAAGUUCACAGCUCAUCGUAUUGUUCUGGCAGCAAGCAUACCUUAUUUCAAUGCAAUGUUCACACAUGACAUGGUAGAGUCCAAGCAAGAUGAGAUCACCAUGCAAGGGAUUGAUCCAGGAGCUAUGGGAGCCUUAGUAAACUAUGCAUAUAAUGGUAAAGUGGAGAUAGAAGUGAAUAAUGUCCAGUCACUGCUGGUAGGGGCUAGUUUCCUGCAUCUCCAAACUGUCAAAGAAGCCUGCUGUGAUUUCUUGAAACAAAGACUACACCCACAGAAUUGUCUGGGGCUGAGGAAGUUUGCUGACCAGUACAUGUGCACCAGCCUGGUGGAGUCAGCCAACAAGUACAUCCAGAAACACUUCCAGGCCGUGAGUAAGGGCGACGAGUUCUUAUCUCUGAGUAAAGCUGAAGUGUUGGACAUCAUUAGCAGGGAUGAACUCCAUGUGACCAGCGAAGAACAGGUAUUUGAGGCAAUCCUGGCCUGGGUUAAGAGGAACCAGGAUCAAGAGAAGGACUCCUUCCCAGAACUCAUGGUCAAGGUCCGCUUACCUCUGCUCACCCCACAGUACCUUUCUGACAGGGUGGCUACUGAAGAGCUUGUUAAAAGCUCCCUCAAAUGCAGGGAUCUGUUGGAUGAGGCAAAGGAUUACCAUCUGAUGCCAGAAAGAAGACCUUUGCUUCAGACCUUUAAGGCCCGACCUCGCUGUUGUACUGAUGUGCCUGGAUUUAUCUAUGCUAUAGGGGGCCUCACUUCAUCAGGUAGGGACUCCCUGAGCACAGUGGAGUAUUAUGAUCCAAUCGUAGGGCGUUGGUCUGUCGCUGAGGCAAUGACAACGUUGCGCAGCAGGGUGGGCGCUACUGUCUUAGCAGGUUGUCUGUACGCUAUUGGUGGGUAUGAUGGUCAGGAGAGACUGAGCACAGUGGAGGUGUUUGAACCAGAUUUGAAAAAGUGGAAGAAAGUUAGCCCCAUGAACUGUAAACGAAGUGCCUUGGGAGUGGCCAUCUUGGAUGGGAAGAUCUAUGUGUGUGGCGGGUAUGACGGAGUGUCCUCCCUCUGCUCUGUGGAGCUCUAUAACCCCAAACUGGACACAUGGACUAUGCUUAGUAAUAUGCACAAACACAGAAGUGCCUCAGGAGUAACAGUUCUUGAUGGGGAAAUCUAUGCCUGUGGGGGACAUGACGGCCUGUCUAUCUAUGACUCAGUGGAAUGUUUCAAUACAACUACAACUUGUUGGAGAAGUGUGCGUAGUAUGCAGACUAAGAGGUGUCGCUUGGGCGUGGCCACACUGAAUGGUCAGCUCUACGCUGUCGGGGGAUACGACGGGAAUGUUUUCCUCAAGACAGUUGAGUGUUUUGAUCCCAGCACAAACAAAUGGACAUAUGUGAGACCGCUUAAUAAGAAGCGGAGCCGUGUGGCCGUGGCAGCUACCUACGGAAAGCUGUUCGCAAUCGGGGGAUAUGAUGGGGUGACAAACCUCAAAUCUGUGGAGAUGUAUGAUCCAGAGUCUGAUACAUGGACCAUGGUAGCCCCAAUGUGUGCUCAUGAGGGAGGAGUGGGCGUGGCAGUGCUGCCCAUUGAGGAGGACCCUUGAGUUGCUGGCAGGGCUUAUGACGUUUACACAGUGUGGUUUUCUUGUAUAUGGCUUUCAGGUCAACCUUCAUGCUGUCGUUUCUUCAAGAUAUGUCUCAUUCAGUGCAUGAGCUGAAAAAUAAAUGAAUUUUGCUAAUUCAUUCAGAAUUGGGCAAAUUUCCAGAGAGUUAAAAAAAAAUAUUUGAAAGAACUACAUCUUCUUGAUAAGUCUUACAUGUACAUUGAAUCUAGCACAAGGUCUGGUUUUAUUGUGAAAUCUAUUACAGAGUAAUAUAUGUGCUUAGUACUCCUCAGUGGUUAAAAGAAAUCAGAUUUUUGUAAGAAGAAUUGCCAAUUUGUAGUGUCUUUAAUAUGUGUCUCUUUGUGUAUGUGUUACCACAUUAUGCCUGGGUUGAAUAGUGUUGUGAUGCAAAAGCAACAAAGCUAUUUUAUUUUUUACAUACAGCAUCCAAAUAUAGAGCAAAUGUAAAGUGCUCAAAUCGCUUCAGUUGCUAGUUGAGCAUGGUAUCUUCAUGUGAACAAUCCUGACAAUUACAUGUGGAUCAUCAUGUUAUCUUUCAUGGUUUAUCACAUCAAAUCUUACUGUGAUUUACAACAGGUGCUCUUGCCACUUCUGUGUCUUUGGUUGUGCAUUAAGCUUGUGUAAAUCUACUACGCAAG